UUAUCUGAAUCAAUAUGGCAAACAUACUUUGUGUAAGCAGCCUAACUUGAGAGAAAUGUACACCUUAAAGAAACGAACAUAUGGUUUGCAGAUUUGCUUUUAAUGACACAGCGUAAAGAGAAAUGCUAUCUUUAUUCUGUCUACAUGGAACGGGCGCCUCGCUAAAAUCAGGUAAAAUUGUAAUCGUCCAUUAUUAUGACAAAGUCAAACAAUGGCUGUGAUAAACUAACAAUGUCUCACGGACCUAACAAGUCAUUCUACUUUACAAACGACUAUAUUUGGAAGAUAUUUUGCAGCACGGAUACUACGUGCUUGGUUUCAAGAACACGAGAUUUGUGAUUUUUUACCAUGCAGAUGAAGCAGAAGGUGUCUGUGAUUUGGGGCUUGAUUAUCAUAUGUACUGCCCACGGUGCGACUUCUUCUGUGAAAGUGACCCCAGAAAGGAAGAAUGGAACGAGAAGUCAGAACUUCCUGAAACAUCGUUUUCAUGUUAUGUGCCUACUUAUACAUAAUAUGCGCAAUAAACUAUGUACCACCACAACAAACUCACCGACAAAGGCAUCACUUAUUGUACGAAAAAGGACAAAAGCAGCAGAACACACCACUGGGAUACCCAGUACUAAAACCCGUUCGCAACCAUCACAACCAGGGCCAACAGAUGUUACGACUAGCAACAUCAGCCACACCGGUAUGACGUCACCAAAAUCAGGCAUCAUUGUGAUGUCAUCGGAUAAGUCGUGGCAGAUAUCACAAUCACGUGUGUGGGGAAAAGAUACUGAACGGUACCUCGUGGCGGAGCACGGCCCGCUUCCAGAUGGUGUCCACCUCAAAUCAACGUUCUUCUGCCCGAUCCCCUCCACCAGGGUGGGGUGCGCCGCCCACUGCCUCGCCUCCCACUCGUGCCUAGCGUUCACCCACUCCCAGACACGCCAACUGUGUCAGCUAAUUAACAGGAAUAGGGUGUUCAAGGAACACCUCGCCUUUGAUGUUGGAUGGAAGAUGUAUCAUGUGUAAGCACGCACAGAAUCAACUGACGCCCAUUGCUCAUCACGAAAUAUAGUGUAAUCACACACUAGAAGGAAACUGGAUAUUGGUUAUUUUCAGUGUUCGUUAAUUUCAGCACGCUAUUGCUAAAUCAGUCAAGUAACACAUUUUUUGCACGUGGAUGCUUCGGUAUUAUAUAUAAUUAGUAAAAGUAAUAUAUAGUGAAUAUCAUUAGCGGAAAAACUAGUUUUUAAAUAGUAAACAGACCGCAUUGUGCAAGCUUAAUAUUGAGUAUGUUUCGGCGAACAUUCCGGGGUCACCCUAUUUGUCCUCACGAAUAAAUUGGAUACAGACGAAUACAUUUCCCGAGAGGUUGGAAUUGUCGCUAAACAAAGUAAUAUUUACAUUUUAUCACGGAAGAUUUUAAUCGUUAGAAGAAUGCAUAGUGAAAACGGUUGUAAACAAUACGCGUUAUGGUCGUAACACUGACCGUAAGUCGGUACAAUUAAUCGUAGCUACCAUUCUUCCGUGGAUCGGGGCCCUGGUAAGCAUCGUACAACUAACAACAGAUAAUGAAUACAUUCUGAAUUUGUAAUAAUUUUAAUCAAUUUAUUAGUUUUAGUUGGGGGGUUUUAACAUAAAAUUAAUACUUUAUCAUCUCCACUAACAAUGAUCAAACAUAAUAACAUAAAACAAAAAUAUUUUUGGCAGAUGAGCCAUACGUCAAAGAAAAAUUGAAAAGUGUUAAUUUUGACGAAAAACAAUGUUUUUUAUGUUCAACAAUUAUAAGUUAAAACUUCAGAUAUAUACAACUGGUUGACAUUUACCAUAUAACGCGGGAACUGUCUAUUUAAAAUAACCUUUAUCUAAUCAAAUGUGAAUUCUUGAGUUCUUCAAGCAUUUAUGGUCAAUUGUUUUAUUAAAAUGUUUAAAAGCCGGACCAUCUACAAAUGUUUCCUUAAAUAAAACUUGUACUCCACAAUGUACGCUGCUGCAUUUUCAUAUUCAUAAUUCACAGCCUUUACAUUUACAGGCCACGUACUCAUAAUGCAUUCAGUUGCAUCUUCAUAUUGUACACAGGCUACAUGCUCGUGGUUCCAUUUAUAUACUUAAGAUUGUCUGACGUCUUGUUAUGCUUAAAAUAAAUGAUUGUGCAAACGUA